AUGAACAGCGACAACGUUGGCCCUCCACCGCUUCCACCACGUAAUGCCUUUUCCAGCGACAAUUUGGCUCCACCCACUCUGCCACCACGUACCAGUUCCUAUUCUUCUGUAAAUAACAACACACGUCCACGUUCCACUUCAGAUACCACCGCAGUCCGUUUUUCAAACUUUGACGUUUCUCUUCGUAAUGGCGGUACCCCACUUGCCGUCGACGGCAAUUCCAUUGACGACGAUGCAGCUAGCAGCAGCAGUAGUAGUAAUAGUGUUGCGGCUGCUACGAUAGCUUCAGCCAACCCCGCAACGACGACUUCCGUUGUGCCUGAAGGACCUAACACUAGCACCAGCAACAGUAGCAACAACAAUAAAAGUAAACGCUCCAGUGGAGGCGGCAGUGCUGACGCCAUGGCUACAGCCUACUUGGAACGUCAUGUACGGGAAAUGAAACGGGCUAGUGUCGCAGGUUUGGCAAAACCCCUCCGUCAGAAUUACGAAACUCGGAAUGAAGACGGAUCGGUUCAGGUCAAUUGGAAAGAAUAUUUGGAAGCAUGGGUUCAAUACAUCAUCAGCUCUUUUGCAAGUGGGCAAGUGGAUGACAAGUUGGAACCGUUUUCACUCAAAGUGGUAAAAAGUGGAGUCGACCGUUUAUAUGGCAUGGUAGCACCACUCAAAGCCCCAGCAAUGACAGCUCGCAGAAUCUAUCGGUGGGAAAACCGAUGGCUGACCGGAACUUUAGCCCUGGGUUAUUUGAUACUGUGGUACCUCGAUCUGUUGGUUCCAUUUUUCUUUGCUGCAUGUAUUGCCUAUAUCGUGUCGAUUCGGUUGGAUCUACUGGCUCAAUUUGGCGUUGAAGCGUUGGCGACAGCUGCAGAUAACAAUACCAAGGAAGAACAAGAGAAUGAUGGCAGCAAAAAUGAGGACGGAAAGAAUCGCAAAUCAGAAAACAAGCAUACGAAACAGUUCUGGAAACGGUUGAAGCAUGAUUUGGGAUCCACGGAAUUGAAUUACGGGUUUACUGCAUUGGAGACAAAGUCCAUGAACGAAUGGAGGAGUGAUAUUAUGAAAAGAUAUGGACCCCGAGGACAACUCUUGUUUAUGGAUAUUCUGGAUCGUUUGGAACGAGUGAAAAAUCUUCUCACAUGGAAACGACCAGAAAAGACACGCAUGUUGCUAUGGUUACUGGUAGCCAGCGCAGUCACCUUGACAUUUCUCCCAACGCGCUACAUGACAAAACUGGUCUUCCUAUGGCUCGGCACCGAAUUCUUCGUUCUACAAUCACUACGGUCACAUUAUCCACGACAUCGAAGACUGUUCAACAUCAUCGAUUGGCUACUAUGGGGUGUACCUAAUGAUGCAGAAUAUGCCAUGGAAGUGCUUCGUUUGCAUCGGGAAGAAGAGGAAGUGUCGAGUCCCAAAUCAGCCAAACGACGAUGGAGACGUUCAGGAGGUGGAGUAGGAGGAGGACGAGAAGAACGGAAUCAUCACCAUCUUCUCCCUCAUCGCAGUGAUAGUGGCGAGAUUAGCGAACCAGAAACUGAAGAAAAACACCAAGCAGCGACAUCAACUGCGGCUACUUUGGCUAUCAUGGUUGCUGGUGCGGCAGCAGGACAAGUUAAACAUGCACUUGAUGAACAGUUCGAGAGGUCAAGAGUACACCAUCAGCAAGAGCAGAAUGAUAACAGUGAUAGCGCUGGUAGUGCUACUAGCGAUACUGCGACGACAGGGCAUAGCACCUCGUUGAAAAAGUCCAGGAGUAGCAACAAUUUGUUUGAGCGGAAAGGCAGCCUGGCAAGUAUCAAUACUACUGAGACUGGAUCGGAAGUCAUUGAAACAUACGGAUGUGUAUACAGAGGCAGUAUUCCGGGUCGCAUCGUUUUAACAACCCAAGGUCUUCAGUUCAGGACUUCGCGAGUAACAGGUGCCAGAAUUCUCGUAUACUAUUACUGGAGAGACAUUGUCAGUGUACGCAAGUCUAAGAGUAUCGAUAUUUUCGUAUGGCAUACGAAUGGAUUGGAUAUCACUACUGUGGAUGGCGAGGAACUUCAUUUUGACAAUGUAAUCAAGCGUGAUGAUUGUUUCAACCGACUUGUUGCAGCUGCAGGAGACAGAUGGGGCUAA